AUGGCUGGGUGCGAUACGGCUGACUUAGUCGGGAAAUGGGAAUUGGUUCGGCACGAAAACUCGGAGGCUCUCUUUGCCGCCAUCGGGGUUCCAGAAGAGCUGAGACAAAAGAUGGCGGCCAUUAAGAACACGAUGGAUAUACAAGAACAAGAUGGAGACUGGGUGAUCACGGAAACCACGUUUCCAGGGCAACCCGACCGAGUACAGAAAUUUCGUCUCGGCCAAGAGGAAGAGUUGCCCACGCUGUUUGGUAAGCGCAAAUGCAUCGUCACGUUGGAAGGGGGAAAGUUAAUGAAUCGCAGUGCAAACCCGGAAGAACCAAUUGAGUUUGUUGGAUGUCGUGAAGUGAUCAAUGGUGAACUGGUGGUCAAAGCUAUAUUACCGAAAAAGGACGUCGUAGGCACGGCUUACUACGCUAAGAUUGGUUAA